ACAACAUAAGUGUUUAAAGCUUUUGAAGUUACGUUCAGAAACCACAGACACGAAAGAACAUUACAUUCAUCAGAUUUAGGUAAAAACGGACUCUUUUAAAGAACUUAGGGAUCCUCAGGGUAACUAGGGGAGGGAAGAAGAAGAGGGCGUCAUCUCAGUGGAGCCGAUUGCCAUGAUAGUAUUGCCGAAACUGCAAGAUUUGUCAGAAACCAUUACACCUGAGAGCAGUACCAGUUCGGGUGCACGCGGUGACUCCAGUGGUCAUCAUUCUUCGUUGUCUAAAGGCUCGUCAUUAGAACAGACUCCCAGUGUUGGAAAAGGUGUGGGGGAAGGCGUAAGUAGUCCCUCACUAGAAAAUGUGGAUGUGGAUGUGGAUGUGGAUGUGCUCGUGGUUGCAGGUUGGGAGGGUAAGACCAUAAGUGGUAGACUGAGCAACAUUCGCAACAUUCGCAACAUUCGCAAGGCGCCACAAACUUUGGCUACUGGAUUUAGGUUCAGGGCGGACCUUCAUCAUGAGGUAGCAAAUGGCGCCGCCUCUAUAAAAGGGAUCAAUAACGAUCUGACUGCUCGCCUUUUUGGAUGGCGCUCAGGUCAUACAUAUAUGAACUAUCCCUCACUAACGCUAGACGACCUAGCACUCAAGGAUAAGUUACCGAACUAUGUAAAGGCGGAGGGGUUAGUUGACUUAGAGGCCCUGGUUACCCUUGAGGCGCUCGUUGUGUAUGGGUUUGUGGAUGUCGCAAACCUAUACAAUGAAGCUUGUCCCAUAGAGAACGAGGUUCCAGCUCGACCUCACAGUUUCAUCGAACGUAUAGUUGAAACUAUCUCUACUGACUCAAGUAGGCGUGCUCGUGAAGACUUUGAUGCUAAGGAUGAUGUGCCAUUGAUUCGACAUAGAUUAAGCUUUGGGACUCAGUCUGGUGCGGCAUUCAGCCAUGCGAUUGCCCUGUUUGAGAGUAAGCAGGGAGCAUGCGGGCAAAACCGUGAGCAACCCUCAGAGAUGGCCAAUAAGGUUGCGUCAGUUGAAAGCCGAGCUGACGAGUUGGCCAACAAAGUCAAGGAGCUGAAGGAGGAGUUAGGGAAGGCUCAGGCCAAAAAGGAAAGCAGGAUUCAGGCUGCUAUGGAUGAGGUUGCCCGUGUUGAGGAUCGCACUAAGAAGUUGAAAGCUGAUAGGGAUAAUGCUUUGAACGAGCUGAACUCCCUUAAGCAACGGAUGGCCAUGACAAACGAAAACCUUGCCCACGUUGAGGAAGGAUUGAGAAAAGUUAGAAGUUCUCAUUUAAGGAUGGCAACGGGUCCCCAGGGGGGCGGGGACCCCCUCCCCAUCCCCAUCCCCAUCCCCAUCCCCGUCAAUGGUGAGUACGGGGAUCCUCGUGGGGAAUUUUAGCGGAGGGUCAAAAAUUGCCUCCGUCCCUAUCCCCACGGGGAAUAAUAGGUUCCCGUGAGU